AUGGAGCGUCUGGACAAUGAAAUCAUUAUUAUGGAAGUGCAGAAACAUCCAUGGCUGUACAAUACAAGGGAUCCGGAAUACAAAAUUAGAGAAAGAAAAAGAGAAUCGUGGCGAGCAGUUACAGCGGCCGUUCUGGGAGAAAAAUGGGAUGGAAUGGAUAACAAGCAAAAAUCAGAUCUAGGGAUAGAGACUCAGAAACGGUGGAAAAGUAUGAGAGAUUCCUAUACAAAAUAUAUGAAAAGCAAAGGAAGAAGUGGUGAUGCUGCUACGUCCAGCAAACCAUAUGUAUUUUAUAAGCAAAUGACGUUCCUUGAAGGAGUGCUGCAACAAAGGACAACUGCUGGGAAUAUGAACGUCAUUGAGAAUGAGGACAAAACAGAGAGCGUACUAGCACCAGAAACUCGAAGUGCAGAAAAUAUUUCAAGGCCAAAACCAAAAAAGCGGAAACAAGAUACGUUCGAGGACGAAAUUGUGAAGGUCUUAAAAGGGCAUUUGGAACAACCUACACGUCACGUGCCUGAUGCGGAUGAGAUGUUCCUCAUGUCGCAACUUCUUGUUAUUAGGAAGCUUAAAACGGAGGACAGAUUAGAUUUUCAAAUGAAAUUCCUUCAACUUUUAAGAUCUUACACAAUUCAGACGUCUUCACCUUCACCAUCUUCACCAAGUGGCAGCGCAACUAAUCAGUCUUUUGUACAUCACUACGAAAGCUAUUCGUCUCAGUCCACAGUAGAGAGUCCACAGAAGAAAGAGAAGAUGAUUUUGUGA